AUGACUUCAGGACUCCCUAAUAGUACGACGAACACUGCCUAUGAGAUUGACGUAUCUCGUUUUGGAAAAAUUGUGUGUUAUGAUCAAUCUCUUCUCUUUGAGAAGAGAGAACAAAAGGGAUGGGAGAGCGGAAGCACGCUCGCCUCUUCCCUGCCCUUCUUCAUCACGCAGCUUUUUGUAGCUAACCUUAGCUACCGCGUCAUCUACUAUCUAACCCGACCUCUUUAUCUUCCUCCUUUUGUAGCUCAGAUCCUCUGUGGGUUAUUGUUUAGCCCAAGUGUGCUUGGGAACUCAGAGUUUAUAGUCCAGCAUGUAUUCCCCUACAGAUUCACAAUGGUUCUUGAGACAUUCGCAAACUUAGCUCUUGUCUACAAUAUUUUCCUUCUUGGUCUUGGGAUGGAUUUGAGGAUGGUGCGGAUCACUGAGGCCAAACCGGUCAUCAUCGCCUUUGCUGGACUUCUCAUUGCCUUACCCGUUGGUGUCUUCCUUUACUACCUUCCUGGAAAUGGUGACCCAGAGAAGAUCACGUCUGGCUGUGUCUUUUGGUCCCUUGCGCUGGCCUGUACCAACUUCCCUGACCUCGCUAGGGUCCUUGCGGAUCUCAAGCUGUUGCGGUCCGACAUGGGCCGUACGGCUAUGUGUGCAGCCAUUAUCACUGAUUUGUGCACUUGGGUUCUCCUUGUUUUCGCCUUCGCUUCUUUUAACAAAGCAGGGACAUGGAACCAAAUGAUGCCGUGGGUGAUUCUCACCACUUUCAUAUUCGUCCUCCUUUGCAUCUACGUGAUCCGUCCCGGAAUUACAUGGAUCUUCGCCAAAACCGUAAAGGCAGGUCAAGUUGGAGACACCCACGUUUGGUUCAUUUUAGGAGGUGUGGUCCUGUGUGGGCUGAUCACGGACGCAUGCGGGGUCCACUCCAUAACGGGGGCCUUCCUGUUCGGUCUCUCCAUCCCGCACGACCACAUCAUACGUAACAUGAUUGAGGAGAAGCUUCAUGACUUCCUCUCCGGAAUACUCAUGCCUCUCUUCUAUAUCAUUUGUGGGUUACGAGCUGAUAUUGGUUACAUGCUCAGGUUCACUGACAAGUUUAUAUUGGUUUUGGUCAUUUGCUCUUCAUUCUUAGUAAAGAUCGUGACCACUGUGGUCGUCUCUUUAUUCAUGCAAAUGCCUACUCGUGACGCUCUUGCUAUCGGAGCUCUUAUGAAUACCAAGGGAACCUUAUCACUUGUCGUCCUUAAUGCUGGUCGUGAUACCAAGGCACUGGAUAGUCCAAUGUACACUCAUAUGACGAUCGCACUUCUAGUAAUGUCACUAGUGGUCGAGCCACUUCUUGCAGUUGCAUACAAGCCCAAGAAAAGGCUGGUUCAUUACAAGCACCGAACGGUCCAAAAGAUCAAAGGAGAAACAGAGUUCCGCGUCUUAGCUUGCGUCCAUAUUCUCCCUAACGUCUCAGGGGUCACCAACCUCUUACAAGUCUCAAACCCCACCAAACAAUCACCUCUCAAUGUCUUCGCCAUUCACCUCGUGGAGCUCACUGGUCGAACCACUGCCUCAUUGCUAAUCAUGAACGACGAAAACAAACCUAAAGCUAACUUCUCGGACAGAGUCAGAGCAGAAUCCGACCAAAUAGCUGAGAGCUUCGAAGCUAUGGAAGUGAACAACGACGCUAUGAUGGUUCAGACCAUCACCGCAGUUUCUCCUUACGCGACCAUGCACGAAGACAUAUGCGCUUUAGCUGAGGACAAGCGAGUUUGUUUCAUCAUAUUGCCUUACCACAAACACUUGACACCAGACGGUCGGAUGGGAGAAGGAAACUCGUCUCACGCCGACAUUAACCAAAACGUUUUGAACCAUGCACCUUGCUCUGUCGGGAUUUUAGUCGACCGUGGCAUGGCCAUGGUCCGUUCCGAGUCGUUCCAUGGCGAACCCAACAAGAGAGGAGUGGCAAUGCUCUUUGUGGGAGGUCCAGACGACCGUGAGGCGUUAUCAUACGCAUGGCGGAUGGUCGGACAACACCAGAUCAAUCUCACAGUAGUAAGAUUCGUCCCGGGACGCGAAGCUCUAGUCUCGGCCGGGAAAGUUGCGGCCGAGUACGAGAGGGAGAAACAAGUCGACGACGAGUGCAUCUAUGAGUUCAACUUCAAGACUAUGAACGAUUCUUCCGUGAAAUAUAUCGAAAAGGUGGUUAAUGAUGGUCAAGACACGAUAUCUACGAUCAGAGAAAUGGAAGACAAUAACUCGUAUGAUCUUUACGUCGUCGGAAGAGGGUACAACUCAGAUUCUCCCGUGACCGCAGGUUUAAACGACUGGAGCAGUAGUCCUGAGCUAGGGACAAUAGGGGACACAUUAGCUUCGUCCAAUUUCACAAUGCACGCUUCGGUUCUAGUCAUUCAACAAUUCUCUGCCGUUAACAGACAAGCCGCAGCAGCAGCCGCCGCAACAACAGCUGUUGGAGCGAUGGCUGGAGGUGUCGGUAACAAUCAAGAAGCUAUUGGAAUUGUGCCAAAGAAGACUCAUGAUGAUGAGCCAUUUAUGAAGUCUAUGUACGAAGAAGAUGGGGAUGAUGAAGAAGAGGAGCACCACUAUGGAAUUCACAGGUAAUGGAGUUGUAUUAUACAUAUAUGCUCUUUGAAACUAUGCUUGUAUUUAAUUAGCCAGAAUGAAUGUGAAGGAUCUUGAAAAGUGUAAUUGUAUUCAGUUUGGAGAAUUCGAAAUUUCUCAUUGUGAAACGAUUAAUUUAAUUUGCUUGAAAAUAAUAUUUUUGUUCAAUCCGUUU